GGAUUCAUCCUUAAAAGUAAAGAUAAACUUAUCUUCAACCCGUCUCUGUUCAUAAUUUUCCGGCGUAACUCAACACUCUUUCAAGUGGCCCCUAUCUUUGUUUUGGGGUCACUUGCAAUUUUUCCCUCUUUUUCUCUCUCCUCUUUCUAUAUAAAUCAUAAGCUAAUCUUCCUAUUUUUGUCAUAAUUAUAACCAUCUUUUUUCUUUCUAAUUAUUAAGAACUUUACUUUGAAGUCUGUCCAUUUUCCUGGUGAACAAUAUUUUGGAAAAUUGGCAGAAGAUUAAUGUGUUGAGGCAUCAAAAUGGGUGGAUAUUGUCUGUUGAUAUUGCUAAUAGGGGCAUGUACUUUGUAUAGUUCAUAUGGUGUUGGAAAGAUCAAACAGACUGAAACAGCAACACUUACAGUAGAUGCUAAUGCUGCUGGUCGAGCGAUUCCGGAUAAGUUGUUUGGGAUUUUCUUUGAGGAAAUCAAUCAUGCUGGAUCUGGUGGACUUUGGGCAGAACUAGUAGACAACAGAGGUUUUGAAGCCGGAGGUCAUCACACCCCUUCAAACAUCAAGCCUUGGUCAAUUGUUGGAGAUGAAUCAAACAUCGUCUUAUCUACAGACCUUUCAUCAUGCUUUGAGCGUAACAAAGUUGCUCUCCGGAUGGAUGUUUUAUGUGGCAAUGAUGGUGCUAAAUCUUGUCCUAGUGGCGGUGUAGGAGUCUAUAACCCUGGAUUUUGGGGGAUGAACAUUGAACAAGGGAAGAGUUACAAAGUAGUCUUCUAUGUUCGAUCAACAGACUCAAUUAAUAUAGAUGUCUCAUUGACUAGCUCAAAUGGAGGCCUAGUGUUGGCUACCAGCAAUGUGAUUGCUGAUGCAGCUAAAGUUGCUAAUUGGACAAGGAUGGAGGUUAUGCUGGAAGCGAAAAGUUCUGAUCCAAAUUCAAGGCUUCAAUUAACAACCACCAAAAAGGGUGUAUUGUGGAUUGAUCAAGUGUCAGCCAUGCCAACAGAUACCUAUAAGGGACAUGGAUUCCGCAAGGACCUCUUUGAAAAGCUUGUUGAUUUGGAACCAAAAUUUUUUAGAUUCCCAGGUGGUUGUUUUGUUGAAGGUGAAUGGCUAAGAAAUGCUUUUCGCUGGAAAGAAACUGUUGGUCCAUGGGAGGACAGACCGGGACAUUUUGGAGAUGUUUGGAUGUAUUGGACUGAUGAUGGGCUUGGCUACUAUGAAUUCCUCCAAUUGUCCGAAGAUCUCGGGGCAUCUCCAGUGUGGGUAAUUAAUAAUGGAAUCAGUCACCAAGAGUCAGUUGAAACAUCAAUGGUAACUCCUUUUGUGCAAGAAAUGCUUGACAGUAUAGAGUUUGCCAGAGGUGAUAAUUCUUCUCAAUGGGGUUCCCUUAGAGCUGCGAUGGGGCACCCAGAACCUUUUGAACUGAAAUAUAUUGCUAUUGGUAAUGAAGAUUGUGGGAAACCAUAUUAUCAAGGAAAUUACCUCAAGUUUUAUGACGCCCUAAGAAAAGCCUAUCCAGAUAUUCAAGUUAUCUCUAAUUGUGAUGCGUCAUCAACUCCAUUGAGUCAUCCAGCUGAUCUAUAUGAUUUUCAUAUAUACACUUCUGCAGCUGAUAUGUUUUCUAAGAGUAAUAAGUUUGACAAGACACGGCGUAAUGGGCCAAAGGCAUUUGUGAGUGAAUAUGCUGUGACUGGAAAAGAUGCUGGCACUGGAAGCCUUCUUGCUGCCUUGGGUGAAGCCGCAUUCCUUAUUGGAAUAGAGAAAAAUAGUGAUGCUGUUGAAAUGGCAAGUUAUGCUCCACUUUUUGUAAAUACCCAUGAUAGACGAUGGAAUCCAGAUGCUAUUGUUUAUGAUUCUUCACGCGUCUAUGGUACACCUAGCUAUUGGAUGCAACAAUAUUUCACAAAAUCCAGCGGGGCAACUCUUCUCAAUUCAGCACUUCAAGCCAGUUCCAAAGCUGCAGUUGUUGCCUCCGCAAUCAGUUGGAAGAACACAACAGACAACAAGAACUAUAUAACUAUUAAGAUUGUGAAUUUCGGAAAUAAUUAUGUGAACCUCAAGCUCUCAAUUGGGGCUGAAAACUCUGUACAGCUAGUCGGGUCAAAGAAGACUGUUCUUACCUCUACCAAUGUAAUGGAUGAGAAUUCAUUUCAAAGUCCUAAUAAGGUGAUUCCAUCUUCUUCUCACUUCACAUUAACUGGCAAAGACACAAAUAUCAUGCUCCAGCCGAUUUCUUUCACUUCAUUUGAUGUGAUACAAGAACAACCAAGUCAUCUGUUAAUGAAGGAAGCAGAUUCUGGCCUAAAAUCUUCUAUAUGAAGAGCUUAUACAGUAUACAGUUUACAUAGACACCAGACACAUCCAAAUACAGAUUAUGGGCUUUUGUACUCUUUGUAUUCUGUAACAAGCGUGUGUCUUGGGCCGUGUACAGGAGUUUGAUUCAACUCUUAACGAAGCCCACACGAUUAAGACCAGCUUGUUUCAUGCAAAUUUAUCUUUAUAGUUCAUUGGUUGUAUAGAUUCAAGGUUGGCUUAUGAGCCUGAUGUAUAUCAUAUAGAUGUCAUUUUAAUCAAUAAAAAGUGAUUGCUUUCAUUUCCCUUUAUGAGGUA